AUGCAAUACUUCUCGCUAAUAAUUUCCAUUCUCGUCACUUUGGCUGCAAAGUACGAGGCCGCCGAGGAUGCUCUGGAGCCAUUAAUAUCAAUCGAUGAAUCACCAGUUAGUACUUCAAAUGGUCCAGUCACCAGUGCCAUGGAAAAUUUGGCCUACAACACCGCCUCGAUAGCUGAUGAAAUCUCUUCGCAAGUGAACUCCAAACUUGAACGCACGGCAGGCAUACUUCACGGUGGUAUCGAGAUCCUAAUCGCCACUGCCUUAGAACAGCUGGCACAGCCGAUCUAUCAGGCGACUCGUAAGCUGAGUAACGAAAGCUGUAAUGCUACUUUGUCCUUAGCGGAGCUACGUUCGGACAUCGAUCUGCGCUUAGGUGUUUGCACUGAGGAGCUCUAUGUUCUAAUGCAGACAUACAAAUUGGAUGCUGACCGUAGCAGCUCUGCAAUAGAGAAUUUCGUUAAUGAAAUUAUUGAUUUGCCAAAAGCAUGUGGAAGGAUGGAUGAUUUGCCGUCUGAAGAGGGGUUUCAAACUUUUGCGGGGAAUACGCGUUGCUUCGUCGAAGGUAUAGCAGCCUUAAAUGAACAGAUUUCUAAUGAACUGAGUACCGUUAAUCUGUUGCUGUCACGCACUCGCAAGCUUUCGCGGCAGAGCGAAUCACAGGCGCUUCUUUGUAUUGAUAAAUUAGUGAGUGAGUUUGUGAAGCUCAUAGAGGAGAAGUUAAAAGAUUGUUAA